GGUGGUGUAGGAAGUAAAAGUAAAUAUCAGAACUGCAUCAUGAUCAAAACGAAAUCUACAAACCAUGCACCAUCAUAUGAUACAAGCGAAGAUAAUAGUAAAACGUCAAUCGAUUUUUAUUUAUUUUACAGAUACGCCAAUGGAUGAUCCAGUGAUGACGGUAGAUAAAGAAGUCGCCGAAGUGGGAUCUGUGGUGAGAGGGAAUUGCUCUGCCCCUGCUUCGUACCCUCCGGCUAAUGUUACCUGGUACUUGAACGGCAGAAGGAUACCAGAGCGAUCGCAAAAAUUCCUCCCCCCAAGCGAAACUCACAACGCAGUACCCAGCGUAAGUGUGCGUCGCACGCCAUUGGUUACGUUUUCGAGGCUGGAGCUAGAAGUAGAUACUGAAACCUUCCACAAUGGCAAGGCGAGGCUGUCUUGUGUCGCUAACAUAUUCCAUCUCUACAAGAGGGAAAAGGAUGUGAUCCUCGAGGAAGAAAGGCCCAGACCAAGGCCGUCGUCUGUUCUAGGGAUCAGAGAUGUCAUGGGAGGCUGUCACUCUUAACUGCAAACAGUUGACACAGCUGUCUUGUUUUGGGAAUCUCGUUUUAGGACAGCGCAGUAUUAUUGCAAGGUCAUUGAAAAUUGGCCAAUAGCACAGUGUUUGAUAAGGUAUCUCUAGGCAUAUUGGAACAAUGGUCAAACCGCUGCUCAUCAAACUUAGUAUAUUUGCCGUAGAACACUUGAAGAUACAAACCAUAAAUUUUGAAAACAGUAUUUCUUAAUAUGCAACCCUUAGAAGCUAGAAAGAAGACAUUUUAAGUGAAAGAAGAGACUGUUAUGUACCUAUAUUUGCUGUUUGAGGUUUUUUAUAUUUUAGAUAAAAUAUUACAUGACGUUUACUAGAGUAGUGAAGUGGCUCAUGAUUUUUGGUGGGGUGACAUCAUCAACAUCUGCACCGAUUACGACUCAUUAUGUCUAUGAUUUUCCCCCUGAAAGUGGUGUAAGCAAAACCUUCAAAUGUUAGUUGACAAAAUACUGUUUUUGUCUUUGGGAUGCUUUAACAAUAUGUCAAUACGAUUUUAUAUUAUACGUCUAUAAAAUUAGUAAACUUUCUAUACAUGUGGCUUUAUUUGGCCGACAGAACAUGGAUCAGCCGGCCCACCACACGAUAAGCUUCUAGUUUUCAAAAACACAUUUGACUAACACUGAAGCAGCUAUUUGUACGUAUAUGAACGCCUGUGGAUC